AUGCAAGGCAAGGGAAGGAUGCGGGACAGGGUGGAGUUGCUGAAUCGGGACAGGGUGGAGUUGCUGAAUCGGGACAGGGUGGAGUUGCUGAAUCGGGACAGGGUGGAGUUGAUGAAUCGGGACAGGGUGGAGUUGCUGAAUCGGGACAGGGUGGAGUUGCUGAAUCGGGACAGGGUGGAGUUGCUGAAUCGGGACAGGGUGGAGUUGCUGAAUCGGGACAGGGUGGAGUUGCUGAAUCGGGACAGGGGGGAGUUGCUGAAUCGGGACAGGGUGGAGUUGCUGAAUCGGGACAGGGUGGAGUUGCUGAAUCGGGACAGGGUGGAGUUGCUGAAUCGGGACAGGGUGGAGUUGCUGAAUCGGGACAGGGCGGAGUUGCUGAAUCGGGACAGGGUGGAGUUGCUGAAUCGGGACAGGGUGGAGUUGCUGAAUCGGGACAGGGUGGAGUUGCUGAAUCGGGUUGCUACCACAGUUUCCUUUCUGGAAGCGGUGCGGGACCACAGUGAGACGCGCAGUGCAGGUUGCUACCACAGUUUCCUUUCUGGAAGCGGUGUUGGAGUUGCUGAAUCGGGACAGGGUGGAGUUGCUGAAUCGGGAGAGGGUGGAGUUGCUGAAUCGGGACAGGGUGGAGUUGCUGAAUCGGAACAGGGUGGAGUUGCUGAAUCGGGAGGGGGUGGAGUUGCUGAAUCGGGACUGAAUCGGGUGGAGUUGCUGAAUCGGGACAGGGUGGAGUUGCUGAAUCGGGACAGGGUGGAGUUGCUGAAUCGGGACAGGGUGGAGUUGCUGAAUCGGGAGAGGGUGGAGUUGCUGAAUCGGGACAGGGUUGCUGAAUCGGGACAGGGUGGAGUUGCUGAAUCGGAACAGGGUGGAGUUGCUGAAUCGGGACAGGGUGGAGUUGCUGAAUCGGGACAGGGUGGAGUUGCUGAAUCGGGACAGGGUGGAGUUGCUGAAUCGGGACAGGGUGGAGUUGCUGAAUCGGGACAGGGUGGAGUUGCUGAAUCGGGACAGGGAGGAGUUGCUGAAUCGGGACAGGGUGGAGUUGCUGAAUCGGGACAGGGUGGAGUUGCUGAAUCGGGAGCCCUGUCCUUUGUGGUGGGUCUCUGCUGCGAGGCUGCACAAGAGGCCUGUGGUGUUAUUGGGUUGAUAGGAGUACUGUUCAACUUUGUGUUGCUGGAUGGCUCAUAG